CCGUACCGGAAGUUGUUGGUAUUUAUCGCUACGAAAAAUGAAUGGAUUCGGUUGAUGAUGUUGCGUUGCAUUCUCAAGCUUUAAGGAGCUCAAGACUGAUUGUCAUGAGAGACGAAAAACGCUUCAGGUUUCGGUAGACGGGGGGGGCCGAGGCGACCACGGUGAUGAAGAUGAAGCUGAGGCUGAAGAACGUGUUUGCCAUGUACUUCCUGGUGUCUCUCCUGGGCCUGAUGUACACCCUCAUCCAGCUGGGUCAGCACUGCGACUGCACUGAGCACGCCCAGACGAGGGACCGGACCAUCUCCAGGCUGCAGGGGGAGCUAAAGAACAUGCAGGCCAGACUGAAGACGGAGGAGCCACCCAAACCCCCAUUGCCAACCAUCUACGUCAUCACUCCCACCUACGCCAGGUAGCGUGACCUCGCCCCC